AUGCCGUCGCCGGGGUUCGCCCUCGCGCGCACGCUGGAGGGCCACUCCAAGUCCGUCGCCGCCGUCAAGUUCAGCCCCGACGGAUCUGUCGUCGCGUCCGCGAGCGCUGACAAGACCGUCCGUCUGUGGCGCGUCGCCGACGGCGCGCAGCUGUGCGUGCUCGUGGGCCACGAGAGGGGAUGCUCGGACGUCGCGUGGACCGGGUGCGGGCGCUACCUCGCGUCCGCGUCCGACGACAAGAACCUCCACCUCUGGGACGUCGACCCGUGCUCGCCCCACUACGGAAAAACCGUGCGCGUCUUCGCGGGGCACACCUCGCACGUCUUCUGCUGCGACGUCAACUCCGUCUGCGGCGCGAACAACGUCCUCGCCAGCGGCAGCGUCGACGAGACCGUCCGACUGUGGGACCUGCGCCAAGGUACCUGCGUCAACGUCCUCCCGGCGCACUCCGACCCGGUCACCGGCGUCAAGUUCUCCCCCGACGGCGCCAUCCUCGCGACGUGCUCGUACGACGGCAUCACGCGACUGUGGUCCGUCGCCACCGGCGCGUGCCUCAGGACGAUCGUGCUCGGGUUGGGAGGCGGGGGGUUGGGAGGAGGAGGAGGCGGCGGAGGGGGUGCCGAGGGUGCCGAGGGUGCCGAGGACGCAGACACAGCUGGCGACAAGCUGGCGGUCAUCCCCGGAUUCGUCGGCAACGCCGUGGACGACGUCGCCGCGCUCGCCGACGGCGUCGUGAUCAACGGCGGCGCCGGCUGGGGCGACGGUUCGUAUCGUAACGCCCCGAUAGGCUGCAUCGUCCCCUCGACCAACGGCCGGUACCUCCUGGCGUCCACGCUCGACGCCCACGGGUCGCUCAGGCUGUGGGACGCCGUCAAAGGGCGAGUGGUUAGAACCUACGCCGGGCGAAGAGGAUCGCGGUACUGCGCCUUCGCCGCGUUCGCCGACGCGGAAGGGACGUCGUACGCGGUGUGCGGGUCGGAGGACGGGUCGGUGAUGGCGUGGGAUCUGCGCACCGGGGAGGUGGCGCAGAGGAUCCCCGGGUCGGACGCGGCGUGGACCAACGUCGUCGGCGACGAGAGAACAAAGGCGGAGGCGGAGAAGCGACGGGGGGGGUCCGAAAAGGCGGAAAAUACGGCAAAGUUGGACGGCGACGGGAUCGAACCCGCGACCGGUUCCCCGGGCACGCCGGGGCGCGACGAGGAGGACGGCGACGCGGGGAAUCGGGUGGGCGUGCCGGGGCGCGAGGGGAAGGACGGGGACGGCGGGGACGCGGUCGUGUCGACGGAUCUAAACCCUGAACCUAAACCUCCGCCGCCGCCGACGGACCCCGACGGGCACGACGACGCGGUGGUCGGGCUGGACUUUUUCCGUCACGGGAUGCUCGCGACGUCGGGGCUGGAGAGGGACCGCACGAUCAAGCUCUGGACGACGGCGGGGUACCGCGAGCGCGCGCGUGCGUCGUGA